AUGCGCGCCAAGAUUACGUGCGUGCUGCUGGCUACGAAGUGGAUGCGUGACCGGCUUGAGAAGAACAACGAUGGCAAGAGGAAGCGGGACGAUGACAACGAAGGGGACUUCGAGCCAGAGGGAAGGUUGAAGAGAGUGAGGGUGGAAGAGGAGGAAAUGCCGCGAGCCGGGCCUAGCCGCGAACGAACGUGUCGGGCGGCAGCUGUUGGGGUGGACCAGGUGCGAAGGAGGCAGAGGAGGGAGCAGGCCAAAGCAUCGGACGACCCAAUGGUCCACCUGGCGUGGUCCGUGGAGAAGAUGCGCCGGCAGCAACAGUCGAUGAGCCGGGCGGUCCUCGAGCAACUCGAGGUGACCAACCGGCUCUUGACUCGGUUCGUCACGGCCUACGAAAAGGCCCAUGCGGAGAAGAAGGAGGAAGACAAGGAAAAGGGACUGGAAGAGGGAACAGGAGAGGGAGUGAGCCAGUAG